AAAGUACCUCAGAUUUAUAAUCGAGGUUUUAUUUUGAAACCGGAAGUUGUAUUUGCUCUGACACGCGAAACUUCGUUUAAUCUGCUCGGGUUAUAAGUAAACGAAGCGGUCGGAGGUAGCGGAUUUCAGUUCGUCAUUUCUCGGUGAGGGUCGACGCGCAGCGGACGUUUCUCGAACAGCGAGGUGUGUUUCUCUUUUACAAACGCCGCGCCUAAAUGCUCACAGACAAGAUGAUGAUCUCCCCGUGGGACCGCUGGUACUCCACGAGCUGCUGUCUGUGCUGCCAUGUCCGCACAGGAACCAUCAUCCUGGGGGUCUGGUACAUGCUCAUCAAUGCUGUGGUGUUACUCAUCCUACUGACAGCACUCAGUGAUCCUGAGCAGUACCACCUGACCAGCGCAGAGUUAGCUAAUGACCUGGAUGUCAUGGAUGAUGCAAAUAUGUGCAUUGCUUCAGCGAUCUCUCUGCUGAUGAUACUUAUAUGUGGGAUGGCAACAUAUGGUGCUUACAAGCUGCGUCCUGCCUGGAUCAUCCCCUUUUUCUGCUACCAAAUAUUUGACUUUGCUCUCAACACCCUGGUGGCUGUUAGCAUCGUGGUUUACCCAAACACGAUACAGGAUUACCUGCAGCAACUGCCUGAUAAUUUCCCCUACAAAGAGGAGGUCGGCGCUCUCAGUAAUGUCUGCCUGGUGCUCAUCGUGCUGCUCUUCAUUGGUUGUAUUCUCGGCUUCAAGGCGUAUCUGAUAGCAUGUGUGUGGAACUGCUACAGAUACGUGACCGGCAGAGGCGGUUCUGAAAUCCUGCUCUAUGUUACGACCAAUGACACCACGGUGUUGCUUCCUCCAUACGAUGACAACGUCAGUGUUCCUCCCAAGCAGGCACCUCCAGCCUACAACGUUGCUACAGCAUGAUCACAUUCCCAGGAUCCUGCUGAUUAGAUCCUGCUGUUAAUAAGACCCCAGCAGAAUUUAUGCACCACACUGCCUCUCCAGUGUACAGUAUAUUAAUGGAUAUAUUGUUGCUACACACACACAUUACACUCAAGCACUACACAUGUGCAAAAAAGCACACAUAUACACAUGCACACACCACCACCGUGACCUCUCAUUCCUUUCCGUUAUUACUGAUAAAUUAAUAUUUUUCCCUUUUAUGUACGUAUCUAUUUUGUCUCUCGUAGUAUAAUUCCAGAAAGGACGUGCAUUUUUAUGCAUUUAAAUCUGGGUGAAACAAGUUAUGAAAGCACUAGAAAGUUUGAUAGAUGAUAUAUAUUUUUAUUCUAUUUAUGCUCUCAGUGUUUCUGUAAUAGUAUCAUGUGAGUCAUAGUUUAUACAGAAAUAUUUAUCUUAUGCACAAACGCAACAAUGAAGAGCUUGUUGGCCACAGCAAUGAAGUGAGUCGGCAAGAGUGAGGGGUCGUCUUGUGUUACCUAUUUGUCUCGUCUCUGCUCAUGAUCAGGGUUGGAUUGCCUUCGUUCUCAAAUUUCUCUCUAUUGGGGUGCACUUUAAAGGCUCAUGUAUGAAGUGUUACCUUGACUGGAAGUUUCCCAAAGAGAUGCAUCUGCCUGUAUUCUGACAUGAUCAAAAAGCAACCUAGUGUAUAUCAAACAUAUCACUGUCUUUUUACUGUUUUAUUCAACAGCAAACAUUAUUGUCUUGUAUUCUAAAAAAGGAGUGAGUAUUGCUGACUUUUAAAUAUAAUUGUGUUUUUACUGAUUGACGAGAGACUUCUCGGGCUGCUAUGUAUCUAUUUUGACAGCACUGAUCUGGAAUCAGUUUGUUCUCUGAAGUCACUAUGAAUGAGUUGCUUGAGGGGAACCUGGAGCUCAAUAAAUACGGACUCUGCUUCUGCUUUUUCAAUUAAGCCGAUGGGAGCAUUUCUAGCCUGUGCAAACAUUACACAAGUCUGUUCCACCAGAUGCAAUCAUUGGCAAGCUGCUCCCUGGAUACAAAAUGUCCUGCAACGACACAAAAGAAAAGUCAAACUUUAGGACCACUGAUGUAUGGAAAAUACUGUUGUGACAUUUAUUUGUCUAUUAAAAUCAAAUGCCACCAAAAA